AUGUCCAUUUGUGAGGCGCCCUGCGCCGCGAGGCAGGCCGGGAAUGCUCGGAGCCGCCGGUGGCGGCGGCGGCGGCGGCGGCGCGGUCCCGCCGCCGCUCUCAACGAGGCGGUGGUGCGGCGGACGCAGGAUUCCUUGGGGCGAGUGAUCCGCAAGCCGCCGCUGAGGGACCGGCUGCUGAGUAAGCCGCCCUUCCGCUACCUGCACGACGUGAUCCCCGAGGUAAUUAGAGUGACAGGUUUUAUGAAAGGACUUUACACGGAUUUUGAAUUGAAAUCAGAUAACGUUAAGGAAGAAGCUAAACAAAUUCCCGUGGAUCAAUUAGGGCAGAAAUUAUUGGAGAAAAAAGGGGUGUCCUGGAAUAAGAAAUACCAAAAACAGUAUGGAGCAUUACGAAAGUAUUUGCAGAAUCAUCCUCAGAUAUUUCAGUUCAGUCCUGAUGAAAAUAAGGUUGGUCUGAAGGCAAAACACAAGCUCCCGUUUAAGUCCGAUUCUCGAGGACGAGAUCUCCAAAGCCCUCCUCAGAAGAACGAGGUCCAGUGGAAUUCAGAAAAAGAACCUGCAAGGCUAAGGGACAGUUCUGCUGGUUGCCAUUGGUUUGAUCUGAAUGAUUCCAAAGUCCAGCCGAUCAAGGAGAAGGAUAUUGAGAAACAAUUUCAGGGUAAAGAGAGUGCCUACAUGCUGUUUUAUCGAAAAUCUCAGUUAAAAAGACCGCAUGAAGCGCAAGGAAAUCCAAGGUACCAAAUUCCUGAACACUUUCUGAAUGAAAUGAAUGCUGCUAAUACUGAGCUGCAAAAAAAGAGAGCGGAAUGUGACUCGGCAAACAACGGCAUUGAUUUACAUCUCCAUUUGAGCUCCUGUUAUAAAUUUCACCAUGGGGCUUUGCAUCCUUCACGUACUUGGAAAGAGAGUGUUGUGGAUUUGACUAUUGAUAGAAGAAAAACGCUCGGAGAGCUUCGACAGUCAGUGUUCCAGAUGUUGGAAUGUUGGGAAGGAGACAUGAUUCUCAGUAUUGCCAAGCCUUUACCGGCAGGACUGCAUCUUUACCAGAUACUUGAUGGAGAUGAGCUGCCACUGGAUGGCGUUGGGCUGGCUGAUGGAGCAGACAUCUUCGUGUGGAAUGGGAAAGAGGUUGGUGGUACAAAGGUGAUGACAGGCCCUGAUCAUGAACCUGUGGUCGUAAACAUUCUUCGUUUAGCGGAGUAUAACGAAGGAGGGAAGGGUCAGCAUUUCACAGAAUCGCAGCACGUCUUUUCACGCAGCACAAAACUGGGUGAUCUGCGCAGAGCCUUAGCACCAUCAGGAGGAAUCAUGCUAAAGAACGGCUCAGGACCGGAUAAAGAAGGCAAGAACUGGGAAGUUUUUCGUGAAGAAGAUAUGAAGGAAACAGUCAAAAGUGUUGGUCUGACGGAUGGGUGCUCAGUACUAAUCUUAGACAGCCAUGACCAGAGCUUCGUGAAUGUGUCAAGUGGCAAUUUGACUGCUUUUACGUAUGACAUCAGCUGGCUCCAAGUUCAAAACUUCUGCAGAACGGAUGACGAAGAGCAACACGUUAAAAUUACAGCCACUAUUGAAACAGUGAUGUCAGAUAUCAAAAUGAAAGCAAUACGGGAGCUUCAGCUGGAGGAGGAACUAGCAAAUGACAGCUGUCUUAGACCUGUUAGCGGAAAUGGGAAACUUCUGUCUCCAGUGCCUGAGGAUUAUACCGUCAAGGAAGCGGAACUGAAAAUGGGAAGCCUGCUAGGGCUGUGUCAUGGGAAAGCUCCAGCUUCCACUCAGCUGUUCUUAUAUUUUAUGGUUGGGAGUGACCAAAACGCAAGCCCGGAGAUGGAGAUAGUUGUGGAAGAGACUGCCUCUGUCAAAGAGUGUCUAAAUUUAAUGCUGGAAAAAUCGGGAUUAUCAGGUGACAACUGGCAUUUGAGAAGGGUUGACUGGUGCUAUGAAGCAGGGGAAGCAUGAAGUCAGGAAAAUGCCACUCUGAAGGAACUUAAUGUUUGCAGAGGAGAUACUUUGGUUAUAACUGAAGGAAAGCUUCCAGCAAAGGGUUUCCUGAAAAUACCCGUCUGGUGGUUGAAGCCUUCAAGCCAUAAGAAACAUGGAGAGAAUGCACAAGACCAAGUGAAUGGGAUGACCUGCAAGAUGGAUGCUUUGCAGGUGUCUCCUGCAGGAGAUGCACCAGAAUACCUCCACACCGACACGGAUCUUUGUUAUGCUGGCAGUCUAGAAAUAGCAGGAGAAGCUUCUUUGGAAGAUCUGAAGAUGCAGGCCAUGACCUUACCAUGCUGCCCAGAGCAGAUUGUCCCACUGCCCUCGUUUCUCAGAGCAUGGACAGUGGACAGUAAGCGCCCAGGCAAGCUUUUACGAAACAACAAGCAGCGACUCAAUGACUACAAGCUGGGUGCCAGAGUGGAAAUCUGCCUAGAAGCUUUGCAAAAAGAAGAGCAUUUGGGCCCCCAGGAACUGCUGCUUCGAGUCCAGAUGGGCAUCCCAGGGGAGAGGGACUACUAUGGCUCCACGGAUUUGGUGUGGGAUAUCUCCAAAGAAUGCACAACCUGGGCACUGAGGCAACGAGUGGCUUCUCACUAUGGUCUCCCUGUAGAUAAAACUGAAAUAGCCAAAUACUUCCCUGAAAGAUUGGAGUGGCUGCCAAUAUCUAGCUGGACACAGCAAAUGUCAAAGAGGAAACGGAAGAAAAAACAGGAGAGUUUACAGUCAGCGCCGUACCACCUGAAAGACGGCGAUAUCAUUGGGGUGAAGAAUCUUCUUCUUGAUGACACUAAGGAGUUCAGCACAGUGAGAGAUGACGUUGGAAAAGAGAAACAAAGGCAGCUUGCAUUAGGAAAAAAGAAAAGUCGGCAAGCCGAACGCUUACAGGAGCCUGUUUUCUCUGAGGAGAAGCUGAAUAUUAAGCACCGUAAACCAGAAGUGGCUCUGUCUAUCAAUGUGGGCGUUUUCAGAUAGCACCAGGAGAUGAUUCGCUGAGCAGACCGUACUACAGAUGUCCUCAGUUGGCCUGGAGUACCUCAGCUGGACCGGCAAGAGGGUCUUUCCCGAAGUGUCUUCAGGAAUCACCGAGACAAACUGGAGAUAGGAUUCAGGCUAACUCUGAUUUUCUUCUAAUCUCUCUUGGGGAAGUGCUUUAGCAUCCCUUUAUCCAUGUGGUAUUUCUUCUCAGGCUAGGUAAAUGCACUUUAUCCAUGAGAAAACGGAUUAAUAUAUUGUGUAACCUUUUGGUGACUGUUUUGUA